AUGGCCGCCGGCGGAGCGCGCGUGGAGUCCGGGGCUGACCAGUACCGGGCCGAGGUGGAGAGGCUGACGCUGGAGCUGGCCGAGGCCAACCGGGAGAAGAUCCGGGCCGCGGAGUGCGGGCUGGCCGUCCUGGAGGAGAACCAGGCGCUCAAGCACAAGUACGCCGAGCUGGAGACCGACCAGGAGACCCUGAGGAAGGAGCUGGAGCAGCUGCAGGAGGAGGGGUGCCAAAUCAACGAGAGGGAAAGCGCAGAUGGAAACUGGAAUUGCUUCUGGGGCCGAGUGGAAUAG